AUGGCCACCGCUCCGACAUCGACGACGACGGCGAACGGAAACCCGUCUGCGGCAGACUGGCAGGACAGAUACCACCACGUAGACCAAGUCCUCGACAGACCAGGCCCUCGCACAGACCCCUCUUUCCUCGCAGGCGACGAGGUCAAGGCCUUCUUGCGCACCAGUUGCAAGAUCCUUGUUAUUGGGGCGGGUGGUCUAGGAUGUGAGAUUCUCGCCAACCUCGCGCUCUCGGGAUUCAAGGACAUUCAUGUCAUUGACAUGGACACCAUCGACAUCAGCAACCUGAAUCGUCAAUUCCUCUUCCGGCAGAAAGACGUGGGCAAACCCAAGGCGAUUGUCGCAGCAGAGUUCAUCAUGAAUCGCGUCCCAGGGGUGACCGUCACUCCAUAUUACGGAAAAAUCCAGGAUAAAGAUGAUGACUACUACAUGCAGUUUAAUCUGAUCAUAUGCGGGCUGGACUCCGUAGAGGCACGAAGAUGGAUCAAUGCCACUCUUGUGAACCUUGUAGAUCCUGAGAAUCCGGAGAGCCUGAAGCCCCUCAUCGAUGGGGGCACAGAGGGGUUCAAGGGUCAAGCCCGUGUUAUUCUCCCCACUGUCACGUCGUGCUACGAAUGCUCCCUCGACAUGCUCAAUAAGCCCACCGCAUUCCCGAUCUGCACUAUCGCCAAUACUCCGCGCCUCCCGGAGCACUGUAUAGAGUGGGCGUCUGUACUAGAGUGGCCCCGCGUCCAUGGAGAUAAGAGAUUGGACACAGACGACCCAGAGCACAUCGGGUGGUUGUACAAGAUCGCCCUAGCACGUGCGAAGGAAUUCAAGAUCGAGGGCGUAACAUGGUCUUUGACACAGGGCGUUGUCAAAAAUAUCAUCCCCGCCAUCGCCUCCACGAACGCCAUCAUUGCGGCGUUCAAGAUUGCGACCAGUUCUGCUGCGUAUCUGAACAAUUACUUUAUGCUCAUCGGUACUGAUGGCGUGUAUUCUUACACAUUCGAGCACGAGAAGCGCGAUGAUUGUCCUGUAUGCGGAGGCCAAGCACUUGACAUUUCUAUUAGCAAGGAGUGGACCGUCGACCGGCUCAUUGAGAUGUUGGUCGAGAAACAAGACAUACAAAUCAAGAAGCCCUCGUUGUCGACAGCGACAAAACAGAUCUAUUUCCAGGCACCACCACAGCUGGAGGAGUUGACGCGGCCAAAUUUGGAGAGGAAAGUGUCAGAUCUCGUUGAGAACGGCGACCACAUAACGGUCACAGCAGCCAGUCUGCCGUUCAAUUUGAUGGUACGGGUGACGUAUGUCUAG